AUGACUGAACUUUAUGCUUAUAGUGGUUAUACGGAUAAAUCAAGCAUCCAUUUUACUAUAGCUGCCUCUGUGGCCAUAACCCUCUGUCUCUUUGGAUUGUUGGGGAAUGCUAUUGUAUUUUGGUACCUCUCAUUCAGAUCUGAGAGGAACAAAUAUACUGUUUAUAUGAUCAACCUUGCAGCGGCUGACUUCAUAUUUCUACUAUCGAAUUCUUUAGUUAUGAUGCUGAGUAUUAACACAAUGAUUGGCGAAAACCCUGAUUUCAAAGAAAAUAGUAAUUUGCAUCUAGUUAUUGAAAUAUUUUAUGAUUGUUCACAGUAUUCAGGAAUGUUCUUCUUCACGGCCCUCAGCCUCGAAAGGUGUCUGUCUGUCAUUUUUCCCAUUUGGUAUCAAAGUUCUCGCCCCAAGAACCAAUCAACCAUCACCUGUUUUUUCCUUUGGGUUGUUGGCUUGUCAGAAAGUCUCAUUGGGAAUCUUUUGUGCCAACCAGAGGACUUCUUAAAUCAAACAGCAAACUGUACAGGAGCUGAACUAAUGGAAUUUGUUAUAGGCAUUGGUAUUUGCUUGCCAUUGAUGGUUCUUUCCAGUGUCACUCUACUAACAACGCUAUGCCUGAAAUUCAGGAAACAGGUUUUACAAGAGCUUUACAUUUUUAUUAUUGUUGCUGUCUUCAUUAAUGUCUUGUCAGUGACUCUUUUUAACUUGAUGUGGUUUUUAAUGUACUUCCAACUUUUGGCCCUAAACAUUCAAUACGUUAGUCUCUUCUAUGCUACUGUCUUUGGCACAGCCUUAAAUAGUACUAUCAAUCCAUAUCUUUACUUCUUUGCCGAAAGGAAAUGGAGAAAACAUGUCUUCACUGAGAAAACAGAACAUUUUAGUGAGAAAAACAUAGCAUAA